AGGUCAAGUUGCACAGAAACUUGCGGUGGGAGGGGGGCGUGUGCCGCCGGACAAGAAGAGAACACCAAAAGUAUGACAUAAAAAUGUAUUGUAAAAAGUUCCUGGGAAAUUACUGUGGAAAUUUGACCAAAGUACCAUGCUGCAGAUAGCAAGAAUACAUUACAGACAGAUGAGCGUCCAGGCGGCACGGAUGUUAGUGAGCCCGGCCCGAGCCCUGGUGGACGAGAGAGUGGACAUCACUGUGGAGAGUCUGUCUCCCCGGCAGCCCGUCACCUUACAGGCACGGCUGGUGGAGGGGACGGCGCACUUUCAGUCCUACGCUCAUUACAGGGCUGACAGUGCCGGGAGGGUGGUCCUGGGGAAACAACCUGCACUGGGAGGGACCUACACAGGCAUAGACCAGAUGGGUCUGUUCUGGAGUCUGCAGCCUUCCCCUGGGCAGAAACCCGGGCUGCGGCUCAGGAAGAAGGACGUCUCCACGCCGUUCCUGGUCGACCUCAGCCUGCAUGACGGACACGUGGACGUGACAGGAGAAGAGGAGAACCUUCCUGACUGUCUCGCGGCUACAACUGUGGAGAGGUGGUAUCUGGGGGAAGGUGUGGAGAGGAUACCUGUGAGGGAAGGGCGUGUAAGGGGAACGCUGUUUCUACCUCCAGGGGAAGGCCCGUUUGCAGGAGUUAUUGACCUGUUCGGGUCCACCGGAGGUUUGGCGGAGUACCGCGCGGCGCUGCUGGCAUCGCGAGGCUUUGCUGUUCUCGCCCUGGCUUUCUUCGCUUACGACGACCUUCCAAAAGAGAUGUACGACAUUGACCUAGAUUAUUUCGAGGAAGCAGUAGAUUGGCUGCUUAGUCUCCCAGAUGUCCAGAGCCACGGUGUGGGCAUUUUGUCCACCUCAAAGGGAGGAGAGAUAGCUUUAAGCAUGGCCUCGCAUAUGGGGAGCAAGGUUGCAGCGGCAGUAGCUAUCGGGUCCUACACUGCCAUAACCGGGGCUCCACUGCCAUAUAAGGACAAAGUCUUCCCUUGUGCACAAUGGAUACCUGAAAAUGUUGUAUUCACCAAAGAGGGUCAUGUUGAUGUGAGAGGUGUGGUGGACACUACCAGAGAGCCAGGCAUACAGGCAUGUGUCCAGGUAGAAAAGGCAGAGUGUCCCAUCAUGUUUGUGGCAGGGGAGGAUGACCUCAGCUCAAAAGCAGUUUUCUUUGCAAAUCAGGCGAUUGCUAGAAUGAAGGCUCAUGGGAAGACUAACUACACGCUGCUGAGGUACCCUGGGACAGGUCACCUGAUCGAGCCGCCCUACACGCCUCACUGUGGCCUGUACUACCAUGGAGUUUUCCGCUGGUGUAUGGUGGCAGGAGGAAAACCGAAAAGCCAUGCGGCAGCCCAGGAGGACUCUUGGCACCAGAUCCUUCGUUUCUUCCGGACUCAUGUAGACAGAAGUAGACCACAAAGCCAACUCUAACGAACCAUGAUCUUUCUCCCAUUUUCAACUACUUCAUCAUCAUCAUGCCUCCGGAUUUUAAUCCGGUGAAGUACACUUGAUUAAGUUACUCCAGUAUGCUCUUUCCCUCAUAGUGGACUCUAGACUAAAUGCAGUCCCUACGAGACCAUUGUCUCUCUAACAUUGACAAAAGAGUAGUAUAAGGCCAUCCCACUCUACAUCUCCCAGUAGGGAGCCACUGUACUAGUCUACCAGCUGGUUCGUUACUACGAACAACAUGCCCUGCCAGGGCAAGUCUGCAUCGUAGCACUACAGACGAAAUACUACUUAACUGUGCUAAAUUUUCCUUAGUAAAUUUCAUGAGGUUGGUGAAUGAUUGAAUAGUAAAGUUCUUUAUUUACGACCACUUGUUUAACAAGAGCUGGCAUUUCGAUGCCUGUUAUUUUCAUCAGGGUAAUUCCCAAAUGUAGUUGUAAAGUAAUUGUGACAUACAUACAUGUAGAUAUUGUUACAACAUAGUAAAUUUAAUAUUAUUAUAUACAACAUGUUGUUAGCUGACAACAUAAUGAGCUAAUGCAGUCCCAAAUGUAAAGUACACAAUGUGUACCUACCGGUAUUACAUCUUGUUGUGCCUUCUACAUAAGUAUGAUAGUAGGAUAUGCCAAUGAUUGUGUUUGUAAAUCAGUCGGUAGAGCAUGGGACUCUUAAUCCCAGGGUCGUGGGUUCGAGCCCCACAAUGGGCGCCACUGUAAAAACCGAAAGGGGCGAACAUGUCACAACCGGGAAUCGAACCCGAGUUG